CAGCGCAUACAGGAUAGGUCCGGUGCUUCUGGAUGUUUCUUUGGUCACUAUGUCAAGCAACACAGAUGUGUCUCUCUCUUCAUAUGAUGAAAAUCAGAGGUCUAAAUUUGUACGAAAAGCUAAAGAGGCACCAUUUGUCCCCAUUGGAAUGGCAGGUUUCGCAGCAAUUGUCGCAUAUGGAUUAUACAAAUUGAAGAACAGAGGAAAUACUAAGAUGUCCCUUCACCUGAUCCACAUGCGUGUAGCAGCCCAAGGCUUUGCCGUGGGAGCAAUGACCAUUGGUAUGGGAUAUUCCAUGUAUAAGGAGUACUGGGCAAAUUCUAAGCCUUAGAAGAGAUGCUGUUUUGGCCUUGGUACUUGUUUAAGUUAGAUAUCUCAUAUUGAGGCUAUAUGUCUAUACUGACAAUAAAUUAUUUGAGUGAGUCUAAAAAAAA